GAUGCCGGCUUGAAUGGGUUACAUACUGUAUAUGUCAACGUCUAUCAAAAUUUCAUUAUCUCCGCAAUGAAGAUGCAUCACUAUCUCAUGACCUGGGGUAUUAAUGUCGCGAAGAACACGAAAUUGCUUCGCGAUGCUAUUGGACACACUGCUAGAUGCGCGUAUAGCACGAUAUGCCGGCAGUCCUCCAGCAAGACAUCGGACCUGCAUGGAGGAACUUGUGAUGUGCAGAAAAGUUCUGUGAUAUGGCUGGGAAUGCACGCAUUUUACACUGUUUUGUCGAAGAAGCCUGAGAUCUAUGGUACCUCGACGUUGUUGAAGUAUCUUCGAUUCGAGGUGUCGUUGUCUCGCAACAAACGGUUGAGACGUCGGUUGGGAAAUGUGGUGAAAGAUGGUCUUUCGGGCGUGGCUGCAUUGAAUUUUUGAAACGAUGUGUUGGCAUAAUAUCAUAUGAUCCGUACUGCUUGUGCAAGACUCGUAUUCUUCUACUCCAGGAGACUGGAGGACCGUUGGACUGGCAUAUCCCACUCCACGGUGGAGAUAAGAAUUGACGCUUAGAUUACAAGAUCUCACUGCACAGGUUUUCGAUUAUCACCUAAGCUGGGCGCCUGCAAGUACAGCAUGCGAAAUAGCAUAUCUAACAGGUGUCUUUACUACUUCCACUAUCAUUAACGUCCCCGAUUAUUGUCAUGUCAGCGAAACGGAGAG